CCGCGGUCACGCUGUAUGACAUUGAGUUGACUUUAGUGCAUUAGUUUAAUCACAAUAUAAUUCGAAUUAUUCGCAAAUAAGUGGCUAGCCAGGCUUUGAAACUCGCACGGCAGCUGUGCGCCACUCCACCCGCCGAAUCCCGGAGAGAAUGCGCUGUCCUCGCGGCGAAAUCAACGCAUUCUACGGGUUCUAGCGGUCGCGGGUUGUUCCGGGGAGCACUGGGAUUCCUCCUCCUCCACUCCGCCGAACCACAACAAACGAUCUGAGGCGAUCCCAUCCGAUCCGACCCGACAUUAUAACUGACCGGAAAGGAAACCACUUCCAAAUCGACGAUGCGUUCCCGCAGCAAUUCGGGCGUCCGCUUGGACUACUACCAGCGCAUCGUGCACCGACUGAUCCUGGCCCACCAGGAGCCGGUCACCGGCCUCUUCCCCGCCUCCAAUGUAAACUCUCACGCCUGGAUCAGGGACAAUGUCUACUGCAUCCUGGCCGUCUGGGGCCUGUCCAUGGCGUACAAGAAGAUUGCCGACCAGGACGAGGAUCGGGCCAAGUGCUAUGAGCUGGAGCAGAGCUGUGUGAAGCUGAUGCGCGGCCUGCUCAUGGCCAUGAUGAACCAGAAGGACAAGGUGGAGAAGUUCAAGAUGACCCAGAGUCCCUACGAUUCCCUGCACGCCAAGUACUCCAGCAAGAACGGCUUGCCCGUGGUCGGGGACAAUGAGUGGGGCCAUCUCCAGAUCGAUGCCGUCUCCCUGUACCUGCUGAUCCUGGCCCAGAUGACGGCUUCGGGUCUGCAGAUCGUCUUCUCCCUGGACGAGGUGUCGUUCAUCCAGAAUCUGGUCUUCUACAUUGAGUCGGCCUACUCCAUUCCUGACUACGGGAUAUGGGAGCGUGGCGACAAGACCAAUCAUGGUGAACCGGAGUUGAAUGCCAGCUCAAUUGGCAUGGCCAAGGCGGCGCUGGAGGCCAUGAACGAGCUGGAUCUGUUCGGCGCCCGCGGCGGGCCAGCCAGUGUGAUCCAUGUGCUGGCCGACGAGGCCCACAAGUGCCAGGCAGUGCUCCAGUCGAUGCUGCCCCGUGAGUCCAACAGCAAGGAAUUGGAUUCCGGACUGCUGUGCGUCAUCGGCUUUCCCGCCUUUGCCGUGGACGAUGCCCAACUGAUCCACAAUACCAAGGAUGCGAUUCUGUCCCGACUGCAGGGCAAGUACGGCUGCAAGAGAUUCCUGCGCGAUGGCUACCGCACCCCCAAGGAGGAUCCCUCCAGGCUCUACUACGAGCGCUGGGAACUGCGCAUGUUCGAGAACAUCGAGUGCGAGUGGCCGCUGUUCUACUGCUACCUGAUCCUGUUCCACGCCUUUCAGAACGACAAACGUUCGGUGGAGGAGUAUGCCAGCCGGCUGGAGAAGAUCAUGGUGCGUUCGGAGGAUGGCAUCCUCCUCGUGCCGGAGAGCUAUGCGGUGCCACAGGAUCUGGUGGGCUUCGAGUACCAGAAGCCAGGAUCCCAGGUCCGCGAAGUGGUCGGCCGGUGUCCCUUCUUGUGGGGCCAGUCUCUGUUCAUCCUCGGAAGGUUGCUGCAGGAGGGUUUCCUUGCCGUGGGUGAGUUGGAUCCACUGAAUCGUCGCCUGGGAGCUCAAAAGAAACCAGACGUGGUCGUCCAGGUGGUCAUCAUUGCCGAGGACAACGAGAUCCGUGACAAGCUGGCCGAACACGAUCUACACGUGCAGACGAUCGCCGAGGUGGCUCCCAUAGAGGUGCAGCCAGCACGUGUUUUGAGCCACCUGUACACUUACCUGGGCCGCAACCGGAAGCUGGGGUUGAGUGGCAGAAAAUCCCGGGACGUGGGCAUCCUCAGCACCAGCAAGCUGUACUCGCUGAAGGAUCGCAUAUUCGCUUUCACCCCGCAGCAUAUCGACUAUGAAGAAUAUUAUACAACACGCGAUCCCGACUUGCUUGCCAGCAAUUUUACCACAAAUUUAGCAUUCUUGACCAACAAUUGGCGUCACAUGUUGGGCAGGCCGACAAUCACACUAAUGGCAACCCACUAUAUGCUAGAUCAGGACAAGAUUCCGCUGGCCAUGAUCCAGACGAUGAGGAAACUGAAAUCGGGCUACAUCAACGGCACCCGCGUGAUGUUGGGCAGCCUGAAGGACUUCCUCAACACCUCGGCCAUCACGGACCUGAGCUUCCUGGGCAGCACGGAGGACGGCUAUCCGGACCGCCUGCAUCCGGAUGUGCAGACCUACCUGGAUGAGCACCUGCUGCGCUCGUUCAGCAACCGCAGCACCAUGAGUCUGCGCGGCGGACAGCUGCGUCCGCGGACCCUGAGGCGCCGCAUGUCCUGCAAGGGAGCGAUCAAGAAGACGCGCUCCAUCAAUGUGGAUUCUGACAACCUGGGCAUGGAGGGACCUUCUCCGCUCACCGAACGCCGCCUCUCCUCGAUUGUGCCACCUCCUUGGCUGCAGGCGAACAAGCAGAGCCAUGUCAGUGUCUUCGCCACCACACCGGAGGAGGGACCCGCCAACUCGCCACUGCAUCUGGGCAACGAGCUGUCCAUUCGGGAGAACAUCUAUCCGGUGGAUCCGCAGCACCACAGCCGCUCGGCGAUCGACAGACGCAGCGAGUUUGUCCGCCAGCAAGAGAUAACAGUGCCCAAAAUUCUCAUACAACGCCAUCGUGCCGAAACCAAUUUCGCGGACACAGAGGUGGAGGAGCUGAUUGCGAUGCUGCGCGAAACGGAGAAUCUCGAGGAGCAGGGCGACAUCCUGCAGUACCUGGUGGACACUCAGGGACUGGACUUCAAUACAGCUGGCCUGGGAUUCAAGAAUAAAUCGGAUGACAAUGCGACCCCAAAUGCCAAUAAUGCAGCCGCCGAGCUCGAGCAAACGUUUGGGAAUGAGGUGGUGCUGGAACUGGCUGGUGGUGGUGCAGGAGGCGCAGCAGGAGCUGCUGGUGCAGGUGGUUCUGGUGAUGGGGCCAAAAAGAGCCCAACGAUUGUGCUGCCAACGGUGAUCAUCGAUGCUGUUACAAUUCCAGCCGCCACUAGCACCGAUGCGGAUGGCAAUGCCAAUCCGGGCUCCGCCACCGCCGCCGGCAACAGCAAUGUCCAUUGCAUCGGCAACACGAGCAACACUAGCAACAUAAGCAGCAGCAGCAUCGGCAGCAACACUAGCAACCACAACAACAUGAGCCCACAUGAGAAUAACGAUUCUUCCCAAUCCGAAGGAAUGCUGGAGGAGGGACGCGUGGUCACUGUGCGGGAUCUACUGAAGGGACUCUACGAGAAGGCCUGCCAGCAGAAGCUCUGGGGACUCGUCCGCCACACGGCCGGCAUGCUGGGCAAACGGGUCGAGGAUCUGGCCAAGGCGGUCACCGAUCUGCUCGUCCGGCAGAAGCAGGUCACCGUGGGAAUGCCGCCCAACAACGAGCACACCAUCACGGCACCACUGCCGGAAGUCGAGCUGCGACAGCUCAUCCACGAUGCCUAUGGCGACGAUGAGAGCACAGCGAUGCUGACGCAGGAGCUGAUGGUCUACCUGGCCAUGUUCAUCCGCACCGAGCCGCAGCUCUUCCACGAGAUGCUGCGCCUGCGCGUGGGCCUGAUUAUCCAGGUGAUGGCCAAGGAGCUGUCCCGCACCCUCAACUGCGACGGCGAGGCGGCGUCGGAGCAUUUACUUAACCUCUCGCCCUUCGAGAUGAAGAAUCUCCUGUACCACAUACUCAGCGGCAAGGAGUUUGCCGUCAGCAGCGUGGCCCGUGGCAAUCUGUCCAUUGUGAGCUGCAAGAGCAGCCGCGUCAGCAAGAAGAGCCAAAUCGGUCUGGGCGAUCCGGAGGGCGAGGACGCCCUGAUAGCCACCAUUGACGACAGGCAGGGCCAGUGGCUGCGCCGCCGGCGAUUGGACGGAGCGCUGAAUCGGGUGCCCCGCGACUUCUAUUCGCGCGUCUGGACCGUUUUGGAGAAGUGCCAGGGUCUGGCCAUCGAGGGACGUGUCCUGCAGCAAAGUCUCACCCAGGAGAUGACCCCCGGUGAACUGAAGUUUGCCCUGGAGGUGGAGACGGCCCUCAACCAGAUACCACAGCCCGAGUACAGGCAGCUGGUGGUCGAGGCCCUCAUGGUGCUCACCCUUGUCACCGAGCACAACAUGGUGCCCACUCUUGGUGGCAUCAUUUACGUGGAGCACCUGGUGCACAAGGCCAACCAGCUGUUCCUCGAGGACCAGCGCAAGGUUCAGGGCGAUGCCACUCUGUGCUGCGCGAAGAUCAAGGACGGCAAGGAGCAGCAGCAGGCCGCCUCAGGAAUGCUUCUCUGCGGAGGGGCCGCCUACAUAUGUCAGCACCUCUACGACAGUGCUCCCAGCGGCAGUUAUGGAACUAUGACCUACAUGUCCCGGGCGGUGGCCCUGGUGCUGGACUGUGUGCCCAAGCACGGCGAGAUGGAGUGCGCCAUCUCCUGAAGCGGGCGUUCACUUAAUAUAAUGCCAAAAUCUCUGCAACUCUGGAUACGUCCGUUCUCGUUCUCGCUCACUCGCACUUUAGCACCCUCUUCCCGUCUCUCUCUCUCUCGAGACUGCCCCUCUUUUUUUUUGUCUCUUUCCCUCUGACCCCAGCCCAACGAUCAUUUCAGUCAGAGGGCGCCAUGUAUAUAUUUUUUGCCCGACCUCUACCCAAAAACACUUGGUUAACAUGUUCGUUUUGCUCUGACCGAAAAAGAAAGGGAAGAAAGAGAAGCCAGCUUAGUAUGGUAUUAACCCACGCAUGUAAGUGUUGACCCCUUGGAUAGACCAAAACCAUACCCCAAAAACCGAUCCUAAUCCUAAUCCAAAUCCAUUUAGAAAGCCAACUCGCGCUGCUCGAUACAGAUUUGUUUUUUGUACUUGCGGCUGUUUUACAGCGACUACACUUUUGAUUGUUUUAACUUUUAUAUUUUUAAAUGACCUUAUUUUAUAUUAGACGUUUGAAUUGUAAAGUUGAACGCGCAGCAAGAUUUACAAUAAAAAUGUGUUUGCAAUGUU